GGUAGUGGUUGCGAAACAGACAGAGGUGUGUGGAGUGAGAAGGACGCUUCGUGCAGACACUGAGGAGAAAAUAAACUUUCAACACGAUGGUGUUGGCAGAGGUGCUCCAGGUGAUGAGGGGGGCUGGCAAGGUCGGUGCUGCCUUUGCCACCAUUCAGGGUGAACAGCUCAGACUGAUGGCCUGCAACUCGACCUUUGGUGCAGGGGUCAAAGCUGCACAGGAGGCGGUUGAGAGCAUGAUGGGAACUGGUGUGACACCCAAGACUGAUGAGUUCCCUGACAGUGAGAAGUGGGGGGAGAUGGACCCGGAUGAAGCAGCAAAGUGGGCUGUGGGCUCUGAAAUGCCAGCAGAUAUUUCCAGCAAAGAUGGAACGGAGGAAACAUCAGAGAUGCCUUCUGGUGCACCUACUGGCUCUGUCAAAGGAAAUGGCUGGCCUGGUCAAAGCACUCGAUUUUUGCAUGUAUCGGUGUCUCAUCUCCGUGUUAGAUUUGUACAUGACUCUAUGGUUGCCAGGUUAAGCUCUGAAGACAUUAAAAAGGCAAGGGAGGCAAAACAGAAUAUUGCAAGGCCUGUCCGACAAAAGCUUAGUGAGCGAGCGAGAGAAAGAAAAGUACCGGCAACCCGGAUAAGCCGACUGGCUAAUUUUGGAGGAUUAGCUGUUGGACUUGGCAUUGGUGCCAUUGCUGAGGUGGCAAAGCAGUCUUUUGGAGGGAAACGCUCAGAUAUGGGGGCUCUUUUAGACUCUCCCCUCCUGUCAGAGGCCAAUGCAGAGAGAAUAGUGAACACACUGUGUAAGGUUAGAGGAGCGGCCCUCAAGAUUGGACAGAUGCUAAGCAUUCAGGAGAUCCAGCUUGAAACCCUUUCUGAAACAAAAUACUGUUUAGAGCAUUUCAAAAGCGCAAAAGAUAAUAGCUUCAUUAACCCACAACUGCAGAAAAUAUUUGAGAGGGUUCGACAGAGUGCAGACUUCAUGCCAGCCUGGCAAAUGCAUAAAGUGCUCGAGGAGGAGUUAGGAUCUGGAUGGAAGGAGAAACUCUCAUCAUUUGAGGAAAAACCCUUUGCUGCUGCCUCCAUUGGUCAAGUGCAUCAUGGAGUCUUGCCUGAUGGGAGGGAAAUUGCUAUGAAGAUACAGUACCCUGGUGUUGCUGAGAGCAUUCGUAGUGACAUCAACAACCUCAUGUCUGUUCUGAAGAUGAGUGUUGUGUUGCCUGAUGGUCUAUUUGCUGACAGUAGUCUUGAAGUUCUGCAGAGGGAGCUGGCAUGGGAGUGUGACUACAAGAGAGAGGCAGAGUGUGCAAAGCGAUUUAGGAAUUUGCUUAAAGGUGAUCCAGUAUUCGUGGUCCCUGAGGUUUUUGAUGAGCUGUCGAGUCGUCGUGUGAUCACCAUGGAAUUAGUUCACGGAGUUCCACUGGACCGCUGUGUUGAUUUGAAUCAGGAGACUAGAAAUGAGAUCUGUUUCAACAUCCUGCAGCUGUGUUUGAGAGAGUUGUUUGAGUUCCACUUCAUGCAGACAGACCCUAACUGGUCCAACUUCUUCUAUAAUAGUGAACAGAACAAGAUAUUUCUGUUGGACUUUGGAGCCUGCCGAGACUACCCACAGUCAUUCACAGAUGACUACAUAGAGGUGGUUCAUGCAGCAUCAGUCGGAGACAGGGCUACUGUUCUGCAGAAAUCUAAAGAUCUAAAGUUCCUUACUGGUUUUGAAGCCAAGGCCUUCGAGGAUGCACAUGUAGAGGCAGUUAUGAUCCUCGGCGAAGCGUUCGCUUCUACUGAAGCGUUUGACUUCAGCACUCAGAGUACCACACAGCGCAUCCAGAGCCUGAUCCCUGUCAUGCUUCGACACCGUCUCACUCCUCCUCCAGAGGAGUCUUACUCUCUGCACCGCAAAAUGGCUGGCUCAUUCCUCAUCUGUUCCAAGCUGAAGGCCCGCAUUCCCUGCCGAAAUAUGUUCCUCGACAUUUACAAUGCCUACCAAAGUAAGAAAAGAUGCACCCAGGUUUAGAUUUGUAGAGUCUGCAAAGUGACAUUGUUGAAUUUAUUGUGUGUUUUAUAUGUGAUAAGCAUUCAAGAACUUGAUGUUAUGUGAUUAACUUCUGACUGACUGACUGACAGUUGUUUAUUUAUAAAUCUGGAGAGUUCAAAAGUUCCAUAAUACUAUUCUACAUGUCCUACAUUUGUUUGUAACUUUAUUUUACAGCAGAAUAUUCUCAGUUGUUGGUUUAUCAAGUAACAAGCUCUCUGAGUGUAAAGGUGUAUGUUUGUAGAAUUUGCUCAAAAAUCUGUUAUGAUGAUCAUUGCCAAGCUUUUAAAAUUAAUAUUAAACAGUUAACAAAUUUACUGCAGUGGAGUGGAAUGCAUUUCAGGAUUCCAUAAAUGUAACAAUAGAAUUUUAGAUGGGACAAUUUGGUUUAACAUCAUGUUGCUAUUUAUUUCAUGUUAGGAAAGUCAUUGUUAGUAUGUGUGUGCAGUAUGUCACUUUUCAUCAUUAAAAGUAUGACAACU